GUUUGGCCCUCGGCGGCCUCCGUGCAGGGAGCGGUGCGGAAGAAGGUCUAGGGACUGGGUCGCGGAACCCGGCGGGGGACCUGGCUGGAGAUGGAGUUCGACUGCGAGAUUCUGAGACGGCUCCUUGGCAAGUACAAGUUCAGGGAUCUAACUAUGGAAGAACUAAAGAACGUAAAUAUGUUUUUCCCACAUUUCAGAUAUUCCAUGGACACAUAUGUUUUCAAAGAUAGUUCCCAGAAAGACCUGCUGAAUUUCACUGGCACUAUUGCUGUGAUGUAUCUUGGUAAUACAUAUAACAUACCAAUUCAUUUGUGGAUUUUGGAUUCUCACCCUUUCGCUCCCCCCAUUUGCUUCUUAAAGCCAACUGCAAAUAUGGGAAUCUCAGUUGGAAAACAUGUGGAUGCUCAAGGCAGAAUAUACUUGCCCUACCUCCAAAACUGGAGCCAUCCUAAAUCUGUCAUUGUUGGAUUAAUUAAAGAAAUGAUUGCCAAGUUUCAAGAGGAACUUCCCCUGUAUUCUCUGUCAUCAUCUGAUGAAGCACGGCAGGUGGACUUGUUGGCCUAUAUUGCAAAAAUCACUGAAGGUGUCUCAGACAUAAAUUCAAAGAAUUGGGCAAAUCAUCAGAAUAAAACAGUCAACAAAAUUACCGUGGUUGGAGGUGGAGAACUGGGAAUUGCCUGCACAUUAGCAAUUUCGGCAAAGGGCAUUGCGGACAGACUAGUCCUCUUAGACCUCUCAGAAGGGACUAAAGGAGGGAUGAUGGACCUUGACAUCUUUAAUCUGCCUAAUGUGGAGAUCAGCAAAGAUUUGUCUGCCUCUGCUCAUUCCAAGGUGGUGGUCUUCACAGUCAACUCUUUGGGUAGUUCUCAGUCCUACCUUGAUGUGGUGCAGAGCAACGUGGAUAUGUUCAGAGCCCUUGUCCCAGCUCUGGGACAUUAUAGUCAACAUGGUGUCCUGCUUGUUGCAUCACAACCAGUGGAAAUCAUGACUUAUGUGACAUGGAAACUGAGUGCAUUUCCUGCAAAUCGAGUGAUUGGAAUUGGAUGCAAUCUGGAUUCACAGAGAUUACAAUAUAUUAUUACAAAUGUUUUGAGGGCACAGACUUCAGGGAAAGAAGUAUGGGUUAUUGGUGAGCAGGGAGAAGACAAAGUGCCCACAUGGGGUGGCCAAGAAGACGGAAUGAGUCAUAACUCUCAGAUGCAGCUGUCCAACAGAGCUAUGGAACUGUUACAGGUAAAAGGUCAAAGAUCUUGGUCUGUCGGGCUAUCGGUAGCUGACCUGGUUGACAGUAUUGUAAACAAUAAAAAGAAAGUGCAUUCUGUAUCAAUUUUAGCAAAGGGAUAUUAUGAUAUAAAUAGUGAAGUGUUUUUAAGUUUGCCUUGCAUCCUUGGAACCAGUGGGGUAUCGGAAGUCAUCAAAACCACAGUGAAAGAAGAUACAGUGACUGAGAAGCUCCAGAGCAGCGCAUCAUCAAUCCAUGGUCUCCAGCGACAGCUAAAGCUUUGAUCCCAAAGUUCAGUUACCUGAAAGGAAAGGUUAUUUAAUUUUGCCAACAUAUAGAGGGUUAAAACUUCUCUAUCUUAUUAUUUAUCCUUACAAACUGCUUGGUUAAGGUAGAUGGUUUCUUGGUUAGCUGUGUAAUUUGAAUUCUUAGGAAGUUAGAUUAGGAGCAACAAAAUCUAAUUUUCUUUGUUGUUCUUGAGAUAUCUGUACCGUUCUUUAAACCUACAGCAGAGGUAAACAGUCAUCCGCAAUACGCAUCACUUAAAACUAUGCAUCCUCAACUAAAAGCACAUUCAGCACUUUGGGAAUAUUUUGAAAGUAGUAUAUUUUUAAAAGAAAAUUCUUUGACUGUUAUAAUAAAUAUGAUAAGCUGAAGGCCCAGUAUGGAUUUACAAAAUCUGUGCUAGGUGUACAUUCAAAUGAUUCACAGUUUAAGGUAUUAAUGUUUCUUCUUUAAAAUACAGUUGAUAGUAAUGGUAAAGCACUUUGUUUCCCCUCUUCAAAUUAAUUAGCUACCGAAAAGGAAAAGAAUUUUACAUGUACUUCAAAAUUAUAAAAGGGAAGGUGAAAUUUUUUAAUAUAUGAAGAAAAAGUAUAGUUUAAUUUCCAGUGGGACUAUUCUUUCCGAAAUUUUCUGUAACCUCUUCCUGAGCUAUAUAAGAUCUCCAACAUCUCAUAAACUCAUUGUAAUAUUAGUAGAACUGUAGAGAAAUGUGUAUUUUUAGUGGAAAUAGAUUAUGAAUGAAAGCCAAGCAGUUUACUUUAAAGCUAAAAUACGAGGCUUUCGUAAGAGCCAUUGGUCUUAAGGAGGACAGGUUGGAAGGACUGAUUGUUCUGAGCAAAUGGUUUAACAACUCCUGAAGGAAUGAUUCAGAGAACAUAUGCUUUGGUGAUGGGUCAAUAAUAAUAUCUUCAUAUGUUAUAGAUAGCAUAUUAUUACUAAUGUGACAUGCAACUAAUAGUAACAACUAAUGUCAACACUUCUUAUAUUUCAGGGGGUGUGAUGAGCACUUUAUUUUAUUGAAUCUUCACAGUAACCCACUGAGGUACGGACUAUUAUCAGCAUUUUGUAGAGGAGGAAAUUGAGGUUUAGUGCCCAAGAUCUCAUGGCUAAGGGGCAGUUAUCCAUACAACCUCUCCUUUUUCUAAGCACUAGAAGGGGAAAAAGGCCCAAUAGCCAAAAUAGUUACCACAAGACCCUAAAGCUGGGGUCUGUACACUUCCAUUCUCAUGUAGGAGCUCACGUUUUCUUUUAACAUAGUGUGUAGAAAGAUUGAUUUCCUGACUUCCCAGACUUGCCCUCAGCAAAUAGAGAGGGAUAUGCACUGAGGUGGUGUUUAUUUAUUUAGUCAUUCAGAUAGCAGUGACUGGGAGCCUACACAGCAGGCACUGUAUUAGGCACUGCAGACAGAGUGGUGAGCAAACCUGGACUAAGUACAAGCCCUCAUGGUCCUUAUAAUCUAGUAUGGGAAACAUAGUAAUCAGAUCUCACAAAUAAAUGUAUAAUUGCAAGUGUAAUAAGUACUGUGAAUAAGUCCCAGGUGCUUUGGAAGCAUAUAAUAGGUGGAUACAAGCCUGGUCAGAGAGACAGGAGCCAGCUGGUCUAUAGUCUAGGGAGAGAGGAAACCGUCCAACUAAUACUGAUUUAGUAUAAUAAUGGAUGCUUAUAAUGAUGAGCUUAAAUCAUAAAGAAAAGGUGAAAUUAUAUUCAGUGUCCCACGUUUAAGAAAGUAGAAAAGUAUUUAAUAUACUUGGAAAGAUUCCCACUAGAAUUAACUAGGAUAAACACUUGGACAUUUGAAGAGAGAAGCAUUAGUUCUGUGUAAUUUCACUACACUAGUAGAUUAUGUUGGUGUUACUUAACAGUGUGUCCUCGCUGUCCUUUUGUGUGAAAUAGGAAAGUAAAACUGAAAGAACCAUUUCUUGUGUUUUUUAAACUACACUUUUCUAAUAUCAGAUACCUAUUUAGAAAUUAGAUAAUUUCUACUAUCUAAUUUCUAAUAUGCUCCUGAACAAUAACCUAACAGCAAGAUAUUGUAUAAUAGAUGAAUUACCAAGAAUUCACUACAUUAAUUAUACAAGGAACACGUCAACACAACAAAUACGUAUUGAGCAUCUGAUGUUAUUCCAAAUACUGUGUUAGAAUCUGAGUAUUCAAAGAUGAGUAAUAGUCCUUGCCCUUGAAGCCCACAAUAUAGAAGUAAUUCUAUCAGGUACUUCCUUGAGUGUUGAGUAUUAUCAAUCAUGUUGUAAAUUCCAUAUGUAAGUCAAAAAUCAGUGCCACCACCACCCCGCUAUGAUUUGGUUAUAAUUUGACAUUCAUUAUGUUUCUAUUAACUUUUACUUUUUCAUUUGUCCAAAAUCAUGCAAUGUCUCUUCUUGGUAUGAUUUUUAGUGGGGCUUGGAUUAAAAUGCUUCUUUGACGCUGUAGCACAGAGAUAAAUAUUUAUUUUCUAAUUUACAUGGUAGUUCUCCUUAAAUAUCAAGGGUAAUGAAUAAAAUAAACUUU